CACUCGUCUAAAUAUUUCACUUUGAUCACUACGCUCUCUGUCAUUCCUUCAUCGAUACAAUGACGGAUACGACAGACGAUAUUGCAGAGGAAAUCUCAUUCCAAAGCUUCGAAGAUGACUGCAAGUUGCUCGGAAGUCUCUUCAAUGAUGUGUUGCAGAGGGAAGUCGGAAGCUCAUUCAUGGAGAAAAUUGAACGCAUUCGAAUCCUCGCUCAGAGUGCGUUGAAUUUGCGUUUGGCGGGUAUUGAAGAUACUGCAAACCUCUUAGAGAAGCAACUGACUUGUGAAAUAUCCAAGAUGCCACUAGAGGAAGCUUUGACUCUUGCUCGUGCAUUCACUCACUCUCUUAACCUUAUGGGCAUUGCAGACACUCAUCACAGAAUGCAUAAACUCAUAGACGUUACACAACUUUCAAGAUCAUGUGAUGAUAUAUUCACUCAGCUAUUGCAAAGUGGAAUUUCCUCAGAAGAGCUUUACAAAACGGUUUGCAAGCAGGAGGUCGAGAUUGUUCUUACUGCUCAUCCUACUCAAAUUAACCGGAGAACCUUACAGUACAAGCAUGUCAGAAUUGCUAAUCUUUUAGAAUAUAACAGCAGAUCAGAUAUCGGCCAUGAAGAUCGAGAAACACUCAUUGAAGACUUGGUUAGGGAGAUAACUUCAGUAUGGCAGACUGAUGAGCUUAGACGUCAAAAACCUACUCCAGUUGAUGAAGCUAGAACUGGUUUGAACAUUGUUGAGCAAUCCCUUUGGAAAGCUGUACCACAUUACCUGCGUCGUGUCAGCAAUUCCUUGAAAAAGUUUACGGGGAAGCCACUUCCAUUAACAUGCACGCCUAUAAAAUUUGGUUCUUGGAUGGGAGGUGAUAGAGAUGGAAACCCAAAUGUGACGGCUAAGGUCACCAAGGAAGUAUCUCUCUUGUCCAGGUGGAUGGCUAUCGAUCUGUACAUAAGAGAGGUUGAUAGCUUGAGAUUUGAAUUGUCUACAGACCGAUGCAGUGACAGAUUUUCAAGAUUAGCAGAAGACAUUCUUGAAAAAGAGAGUUCUGAAAAAGAUUCUGACAGAGGACAAUCAAGUUUCUUAAACCAGCAAAAUUCAUCCUUGCCAACACAGCUUCCAGAUAAAGCUCAACAUCCUUCUUGCAUUGAAGAUGGUGAUUCACAACAUCCCAAAUUUGAAAUUAAUAUGACCACAGAUUUUGUGCCUCCCAAUCUCCAGAAGCAAAAUGAAGAAGACUCUCCAAAGAUCGAUUCGAAGCCAAAUGCUGAUGAUACUCAUACGGCAGGUCUUACUUCACGAGGUUCUUUCUCAUCUACCUCUCAACUUCUCUUCCAGAGGAAACUAUUUGCGGAAUCUAAAAUUGGGAGGGCCAGUUUUCAAAAGCUACUAGAACCACCUCCACUUAAACGUGCUGGAAUGGCUCCUUACCGUAUUGUACUUGGAGAUGUUAAGGAUAAGCUUGUGAAGACUCGAAAACUCCUCGAACUUCUACUUGAGGGCCUUCCUUGUGAGUAUGACCCUAGGGUAUCGUAUGAAACGUCAGAGCAACUUCUAGAACCAUUGCUCCUCUGCUACGAAUCACUGCAAUCAUCUGGUGCUGGUGUACUAGCUGAUGGAAAACUUGCUGAUCUGAUCCGUAGAGUUUCUACAUUUGGCAUGGUUUUGGUGAAACUUGAUUUACGUCAGGAAUCUGCAAGGCAUGCUGAAGCUUUGGAUGCAAUUACAACAUACUUGGAUCUUGGUACUUAUAGUGAAUGGGAUGAAGAGAAAAAACUAGAUUUUUUGACAAAAGAACUUAAAGGGAAACGACCCCUUGUUCCUCCCACUAUUGAGGUUGUUCCUGAAGUUAAAGAAGUAUUAGACACAUUCCGAGUUGCUGCUGAGUUUGGAAGUGAAUCACUUGGAGCAUAUGUUAUUUCCAUGGCUUCAAAUGCAAGUGACGUCCUGGCUGUGGAACUUCUGCAGAAAGAUACUCGACUUGCCGUCACUAGUGAACAUGGAAAACCAUGUCCUGGUGGAACGCUACGAGUGGUUCCUCUUUUUGAAACGGUGAAGGAUUUAAGAGCUGCUGGUUCUGUGAUAAGGAAACUGCUUUCAAUAGAUUGGUACAGAGAACACAUCCAAAAGAAUCAUCAUGGUCAUCAAGAGGUGAUGGUUGGAUACUCUGAUUCAGGAAAAGAUGCUGGACGCUUCACUGCAGCAUGGGAACUUUACAAAGCUCAAGAAGAUGUUGUUGCUGCUUGCAAUGAGUUUGGGAUCAAAAUUACUUUGUUCCAUGGACGAGGAGGAAGUAUUGGUCGUGGUGGUGGCCCGACCUAUCUCGCCAUACAAUCCCAACCACCAGGCUCUGUAAUGGGCUCUUUGCGUUCGACCGAGCAAGGUGAGAUGGUUCAAGCCAAGUUUGGUAUACCACAAACAGCUGUUAGACAACUAGAGAUAUACACAACCGCGGUUCUACUUGCUACCUUAAAGCCUCCUCAACCGCCUCGUGAGAAAAAAUGGAGAAAUCUUAUGGAAGAAAUCUCAACAAUCAGCUCCCAAAACUAUAAAGGCACAGUCUACGAAAACCCAGAGUUUAUCUCAUAUUUCCAUGAGGCAACACCACAAGCCGAGCUCGGUUACCUCAACAUAGGAAGCCGACCAGCUCGAAGAAAGAGCUCUACUGGCAUAGGACAUCUCAGAGCUAUCCCUUGGGUCUUUGCUUGGACACAAACAAGGUUUGUUCUACCAGCUUGGCUCGGUGUAGGAGCUGGUCUAAGGGGUGUCUCUGAGAAGGGUUACGCAGACGAUAUUCAGGAGAUGUAUAAAGAGUGGCCAUUUUUUCAGUCAACUAUUGACCUUAUAGAGAUGGUGUUAGCUAAAGCAGACAUCCCCAUUACAAAACUCUAUGACGAACAACUUGUCUCUGAGAACAGAAGAGGACUUGGUGAUAUGCUGAGGAAAGAAUUGAUGACUACUGAAAAGUAUGUGCUUGUUAUAACUGGCCGCGAGAAACUCUUGGAGAGCAACAAGAGCUUGAAGAAACUCAUAGAGAGUAGACUUCCGUAUCUUAACGCUAUGAACAUGUUGCAAGUUGAAGUACUUAAGAGGCUAAGACGCGAUAAAGAUAACAAUAAGCUUAGGGAUGCUUUGCUAAUCACAAUCAAUGGUAUCGCUGCAGGAAUGAGAAACACUGGUUAAGAAACUAGCACAACACACUAAACGGAGAUUUACAAUAAUCUAUUAUUUGGUUUCUUUUGGUUUGUUCUUGUUGAACAACAAGGUAAUCGUACAGAAGAGAGCGUCGGGGAUUUUAAUUUAUCAUUGGACUAAUUCCACAGUUUAUAUAGUUGUAAUCUUUUGGGCUCAAUGAAAUUUGCGGCGGAAUUAUUGAAAUAAUAGGUAAACACAGAACAAAAUAUUGCAAUGUCUCUAUAUCCACAUAUUCCAUUUCCUCUAUACAACCUGUGAUUAAACCCCAUCCUGAAAUCUUAUAACCGAUUUCGUUGAUGAACAAUCAAAAUGUGCAUGCAUGCAUCAUUUAGGUGAAAUGAGUAUCCAUGAUGGAUUAGUACAGAAAUAAAAUAUGUUGCCAUAUUUCACGCAUACUUCAAUGCGACAGAACUGAAAUAACGUUAAAUUUGUUUACAAACUGAAAGAAUGUUUUAAACAUGUUUAAAAUGGCCAGGCGUGGAUCUUCGUAGGACGGCUCAGGUGAUGUAGUUAGGCAUAGGUCUUCAUAAGACAGGUAGUAUUGUCGGUUGUCGAAUCGUAUAUGCAAUCUUUCUCAUAUCAUAAUUGUAAGAUCAUAAUAAAUCAACGUUAAAAAAACAAAAAUUAAUUUUUUUGUUUACGAUUUCUAAAUUAUAUUUUGAUUUUACAACUUCUAAAUUAAAAAUAUAACUAUAUUUUGACCUCCGCAACCGCGCGGGUGUUUGUUUUCACUUUUCUAUACAUAAAUUAUUGUUUUAGAACAUAAGUGUAUAUAUUUUUAACGUUAACCGUAUACUUAAAUAUUUAUAUAACUA